AUGUCGGCCAAGGACGAGCGGAAAACAGCUCUCAUUACCGGAUGUGCAUCUGGAGGCAUAGGCCACGCUCUCGCCCUCGCUCUUCAUGCGCGUGGGCUGCGUGUAUUUGCAACGGCUCGCUCGACGGAGCAGUUAACCACCUUGUCAGAGAAGGGUAUCGAGACUCUGCCAUUAGUGGUGGAUAAUGACGAAUCCAUCCUCGCCUGCCGCGCUUCGAUCGAGAAAUUGACUGCCGGUCGUGGUCUUGACUAUCUGAUAAACAACGCCGGUGUGUCGUAUAUCAUGCCAGCUCUCGAUAUCAAUAUUGAAGAUGCCAAAAAGAUCUUCGACGUCAAUCUAUUCGCCAUCAUGCGCCUUUGUCAAGUCUUCUUCUCACCUCUCCUCGUCCAAGCCAAGGGCACAAUCGUCAUGAUAGGCAGUGUGGCUGGUGUAGUUCCAUAUGUCUUUGGUGCGGGAUACAACGCUUCCAAGGCAGCCUUGCGCGCAUAUGCCGAUACUUUGCGAGUCGAAGUUGCUCCUUUCGGCGUCAAAGUCAUCACCGUUGUCACUGGCGGCGUCAAGUCCAGGAUCGCGGAUCAUAAAGCCCGAGUUUUACCGGAAAACAGCUGGUACGCUCCUGCGGAGGAAGGCUAUAUCCGACGCCAAACGCAUUCACAAGAAGGCGCCAUGCCAAAUGAAGCAUACGCCGAGAGUGUCGUCAGACAGAUCCUUCCAGGAGCUGGACCGUGGCCUUGGAGAUGGCUAUUGAGUGAUGCCAGGAAAAGGUGGAUUUGGGAGGGCCACAAGAGCUGGGUUGUCUAUUACUUAUUUGGUGGGUAUACGUGGAACGGUAUUUUCGAUUGGUAUUUUACCCGGCUGUUCCAGCUAUGGAAACUCAAGGGGAAGGGGAAGUCAACUUGA